AUGACUACUCGUGCAAAGGACGGGAUCUUCAAACCCAAACACUUUGCUAAUCUCUCUCAAACCACCACUCAUCCUCUACAUCACUCUUUAUUCUCUUCCCACAUUCCUAAAGGCAUCAAAACCGCUCUCAAAAAUCCUAAAUGGAUUCAAGCAAUGCAUGACGAACUAAAAGCUCUUCAUGCCAAUCAAACUUGGACUCUUGUUCCUCGACCCGCUAGCACCAACAUCAUUGGCUCUAAAUGGAUUUAUAGAAUCAAAUAUAAAUCAAAUGGAUCCAUUGAUCCCUACAAAGCACGUCUUGUGGCUCAAGGAUUCACUCAAAUACCGGGUCUAGACUUCUCUCACACCUUUAGUCCAGUCGUUACGUCUUCCACUAUUCGGGUUAUUCUUAGCCUCGCCACUAUUAACAAGUGGUCCCUUAGGCAAUUAGAUGUCAAUAACGCCUCUCUUAAUGGCCAUCUCGCCGAAACCAUUUUCAUGGAAUAA